CCCCAUCUCAACUUAGCAUGAGUAAAGGGUUGCCACUGUCUCAGAACGUAAGCGAUGGUGCCCACUCUGACGAUAUCAUACUCCACUUGAUCGCGUUGCGGAUCGAUGAGAUCUUGUAUGGCCGCUCCUUCUGUCUAUAUUGGUAUCACUGCGAAUCGACUGUAAGACGCGAAGGAAGGCUUGUCUCAGCACGAAUUGAGUGACAGAGCUGCAUGCAAUAUAAUGCAUUCUCUGGCUUUCUGGGCCAUGAGAACAUAAUUUGGAGAGAAUGAUGAUCGGAGACGCGACUUUGGGCCCACCCAGCCAGGAUCGUCCCGUUUGUGAUUUCAUCCGGAUAAGCAUUUCCCCUGGGGCAGCUGAAUAAUCGCAAGUUCCAAUUCUGUCUCUCAAAACGAGCGCCAAGCGCAGUUCUUGAAACUUAUUCGAGGAUUGUUUAUCAAUUGUUCUGACUUGCGUUUAAAAAUGAGCCAUCUCCUCGACCAUCUCCGCCAAGCUGUGAAGCAAGCCAGGCGGCAUCCGUCGGCCCAGCGUCCCAAGAAAUCGCCCAUAUUUUCAAAGUCUGCGAGUAACACUCGAACGAUAUGGGAGAAGCUCCCAAUGAAUGUUCUAAUCAAGAUUCUUGUGCAAUGUGAAUUGGGCGAGAUUCAUUCCUUUUCGGCGACAUGCCGUCUCGUGCACCAGCGGGUCUAUCAUAUCGAGCCUGCUAUAGCCAAGGCCUAUCUCCAAUGUCGAAGACACAAGGGUCAGGGGAGUGAACUGGCUAUCGGCGACGAUCUCACAUUCAUCUCUGACCUCUUCCCACCGCCGCCUCCCCACUAUACAGAGAGUGGUGCGCUGGAGGAAUCGCCUGAUUACUCGUUUGGGUACUUGACUGAUCUCACCCGGUGCUGGAGGACAUGCAUCCGGUUGUCUUACUACUUUGCUGAAUACCUCGUUCAGCAUUACCUCGAAACUGACACUACGGCCCGGGAACUAUGGGCUUCGUCCAAGACGGAGAAGGAAUUUAUCUACAGCAAAGGUGUCGGCGCACUUCAAGCGCGUCUGCUUCCGUCCAUUGCCUACCUCGUCUACUUUCUUGAAUCUUUCGCCGACACUACCACCCCAACGCACUCCCUCGACGCGCAGGAGCGUAUUCUCCAGGAACCCCCAUUCACAGACCCAGAGGUCCUGCUCUCCACCCACCACACGAUGCACACUCUUAUUCACACCGUCCGCCACCUCAUGGCCCCAGACAUCCCAUUGACCUCCUCUCAAACAUGGGUCAGUCUUCUCCUUACUACCUCCACCCUGGAGCGCAUCGUGGACCUUUUCGCCGCUGUAGCCGCCGACAACCAGCAGCCGGCGGAGAAAAACAAGAAGCAUGAACCCGCCACCAAACCGCACCACCACGAUAACCAUGAACAUGCACACCACCAGACCCAGACGACUAGUUCUCAUGGACAUAACCACACACACUCGACCUCAACCACCUCCCACUCCCACUCCCACCCCUCAUCCCACUGGUCCCACCGCAUGGACUUCCUGUGGCACAUGCGCCGCGAUUACGGGGAUUUCCUGGCCUCCCUAGGCGACCAGGACCCAGAAACCGGGCAUUCAGGACUGGUGCCUCGGCUUCGGGAGAUCUGGUUUGAUGUGGCCGAGCGGGAGAUCCGGGCGAGGGGCCUGGCGGCGCAUUCGGCUGAGGUGGAGCCUGUUUUACAUGGCGGUGGGCCGCGGUUGGGCUGUGAGGUUUGCUGUUCUUUGGUGUAG